AUGAGUGUUCCGCUGAAUGACCCAGAGGCAGGCUACCCUGUGCCCACGGGAGACAAAACCGAAGACAAAGAUCAAAAGAAAGGCCAUGAUGAUGAGGUGCCUAUGGAUGAUCCCUUUGGGAAUGAGGAGAUGGCCGAGAUCAGAUAUCGAACGAUGAGCUGGUGGAAGUGUGGAAUGCUCAUGGUCGCCGAGAAUAUAUCCUUGGGAAUUCUAUCUCUUCCAUCGGCUGUUGCAACACUAGGAAUGGUGCCGGCCGCAGUCCUGAUCGUAUUCCUGGCUGGCCUAUCAUGGUACACAGGAUAUGUCAUUGGGCAGUUCAAACUACGCUAUCCGCAUGUCCAUAACAUGGGUGAUGCUGGGGAGAUUCUAUUCGGGCAGAUUGGACGAGAGGUCUUUGGUAUUGGGCAGCUACUGCUACUUAUAUUCUUGAUGGCUAGUCAUAUUCUGACUUUUUCAAUCUUGAUGAACACCCUCACCGAGCAUGGGACUUGCACUAUUACCUUUUCGGUGAUUGGACUGAUCAUUUGCUUUAUCGGAGCCCUUCCACAGACCAUGGAAAAGGUCUAUUGGAUGUCAAUUGUCUCCUUUCUAAGUAUCCUGAGUGCAACCAUAGCUGCGAUGGUUGCCAUUGGUGUUGAAUCUAACGCCUCCGUCCCUGUGAAUGUGGUGACCAAAACGAGCUUCGAAAGUGGCUUUUUGGCCGUCACCAAUAUUAUCUUUGCGUACACGGCUCAUGUUGCAUUCUUCGGCUUUAUCUCGGAAAUGGAAGAGCCGAAGACAUUCCCGAGAUCUAUUGCGAUGCUGCAGAUAGUCGACACGAUCAUGUAUCUUGUGGCUGCGCUCGUUAUCUAUCGACUUGCUGGCCCGGAUGUAAAGUCUCCCGCUUUAUCAUCGGCAGGUCGGGUCAUGAAAAAGGUCUGCUAUGGCCUGGCUAUUCCGACGGUCAUCAUUGCUGGGGUUAUAUUCGGACACGUCGCAGCAAAGUACAUAUUUGUCCGGCUUUUCCGGGGCUCAGAACAUAUGCAUAGUCGAACUUUCAUUGGCGUUGGGUCAUGGCUAGGCAUUGGAGUUGGUGUCUGGAUAAUCGCCUGGGUCGUGGCUGAAUCCAUCCCGGUCUUCAACGAUAUGCUCAGUUUGAUUAGUUCUUUAUUCGGAAGCUUCUUUAGUUAUGGUAUUCCUGCGGCGCUGUGGCUUUACAUGAACAAAGGCCAAUACGGGGAAUCGUUGCGCAAGUGUCUUCUUACAGCUUGCAAUUUGGUUAUCCUCGCGAUUGCGUGUGGCAUGUGUGGAAUGGGACUUUACGUCUCAGGGAGAUCCAUAAGCCAGAAUUCCAGCUCCGCAUCCUGGUCCUGCGCCGACAAUUCUUCUUAA